CUACUCUGUUAAAGUUAAGGUCAAGCCCGAGCUCAAUAAGUAAAAUAAGUAAACAAGUAUGGCGGUCCUAUUAGCAAUAGGUGCAAUCGUUGUGCUGAUGAUUGCUGGGUAUUUGGUGCUGAGACCCAGGCCUAACUUGCCCCCAGGACUUCCAGCACUCCCUGUGAUAGGAAGCCUUCCUUGGCUAGACAGCAAGGAUCCACUUGGACAACUCGUUAAGGUGCACAGACAAUAUGGCGAUAUCGUCACCAUCCACUUGGGCAUGAAACCGUGUGUCUAUCUUAACAGUUAUGAUGUCAACAAAGAAGCUCUUGUCACACAGAAGAAAAACUUUUCUGACAGACCUGACAUGUUCAUCUUAGAAACAAUGGGGACUACAAAUAAAGGGGAACCAGGGUUCACAUGCUCCAAUGGUCACAUCCAAACAGAAACCAGAAGCUUCAUUAAUAAAUCUCUUAUACAGCACUUUCAAAUGGGAACAAUCAAAUUUGAAAAUAAAAUUAUUGAAGAAAUUCUAGUCCUUCUGGAUGAAUUGGAUGAACAUACUUCGAAAUAUGGCCCUGAUGCUAACAGUGGUGACGCAUACGCAGAGAAUGGACAAACUGACGAGGGGAUUGAUUUGUUGAUGCCUUUGACAAAGUGCACGGCUAAUAUCAUUAACAAGAUUCUAAUAGGACAGAGAUUUGAUUAUGAUGAUGAAAUGUUCAUGGAGAGAGUAAAACUUUUUGAACAAGAUAUGCUAUUUGUUCAGAAGGCCCAGAUUCUGAACAUAUAUCCAUCGUUGCGCUUCCUUCCCAUUGAUGUCUUUGGCUUACAAGAUUUUAAGCAGCACCAAUUGCAAAACGAACGAUUUUGGGAGAAAUUGAUUAAUGAAAAUAAGGAAAAGGAUAGUCUUAUGAAACUGUGGAUUCAGAAAACAAAAGAAAAUUCCGGGAGUGACGUUUUCAACAUGAACCGUCUUAGGUUUGUUUUUGGAGACGUUUUCAGUGGAAGCACUGAAACUGUGAAGUCUGUCGUUGAUAUUACAAUUGCCUACCUGCUUCACUAUCCAGAUGUACAGACGAAGAUACACGAGCAGAUAGAUGAGGAGAUAGGUAGAGACCGUCUUCCUACAUUAUCUGAUAGGGAGAAUCUGCGCUACGUGGAGGCCGUUUACUACGAGGUGAUGCGCCUAAAGCCACCAGUCCCGCUCUCAGUUCCACAUGUAUGUACUGAAGACACCACUAUCGCAGGAUACGACAUACCAAGUGGAACAAUUGUUAUGCCAAACAUUUACGCUGCACAUCGGGACCCAAACGUUUGGGCGAAUCCGGAGAAAUUUGACCCGAAGCGGUUCAUUGAUGAGAACGGACAAUUCAAAGAUCUUCACAGAAUGAUAGCGUUUUCUAUGGGUAAACGAGUGUGUCCGGGUGAAGCUGUUGCUAGGAUGAAGCUCUUUCUUUUAUUCACUGCUCUUCUACAACGGUACAAGUUCUCAGUGCCCCCUGGUGUAGAAUUACCUGACCUGAAUUGUGAAGUGGGCUUGACACUAACGCUUAAACGUUACAAGGUCUGCAUUACUAGAAGAUAUUGACAAACAUUUUAUCUAUUGUCACUGGACAAUUACUAUUAGUGGAGUCAGUUAGCACUUCAAUUGAACGUUCUUUAUAUAAAGCACCAUUUUUUGACC